AUGGCUUCUUCCAACGAGGAUGAAAUUGUGGAAAGAAUUUCCGCAGCAGUGCGGAACGCUCUUUGUAGAAAUUCCCAGCAACAGGUACGUGCAAGGCUAAUUUAAUGGUUUUCUGUCUUUGGAAAUGUCUUGCAUGCCUGAAACACACUUAAACGUCCGAAGGAAGACAUGCGAACGAACUUGAUGUUUUGUGUCUUUUGUCCCACUGACAUAACUAUCAGGGUUUAUUUUGAACACAUUUUCGUACCCUUGACUGUUGAUGUUGUUUGAGUCGAUUGUGUUUUUCUUCCCGUGGUAAUGCUACAGUUUUGCAAUUGGUUUUAGGAUGAACAUCAUUCACUUCUUUCUGGUGAACAAUCACCUGCAGCCAGCGUUCAGUUGCCAUCCUCCUUUCUCCAAGGCUUCAGGCAAAACCGUGAAAGGAACGUGGAAAAAUCACGAUCGUAUUUCCCAGCGCCUAAGCGAAGACGAGCUUCUUCAACAAGAUCGACACAAGCGAAAUCCAAAGUUGUCACCAAAGAUGUAGUAUGCCUGCCAUUUGAGGAGGGUGAGAUCUUUGCCAUUCCACGAGGAACGCGAAGGGCUCAGUUGGCAGAGUUGGGCCCGAUUGGUAAAGUGAGCCUUAAUAAUACGUGGGACAAGGCAGCAGUUGCAAGUGAAAUCUCGAGUAUAUUUAGGAAAGCUUUUCAUUUGGAAGACGAUGAGGAAAUGCCCUUUCAGUAUUUAAGGUACGUUCAGUCAAUAAUUACAUAAUUGUCGGGGUUUUCUUUAACCAGCUGUGAAGCUUCUAACAUGUUGUAGAUUUAAUUCCACCGUCACUGAAUUAAUGCUGGCUGGUAAGAAAAUUACCCUGCUCGAAGAAUGAUAACAAGACUGCUACCUUAGUAAUAUAUUAUUAAUCCAAACUUGUCCUAAAUCAACUAGCAUUCUAUAGUUGUUUAAUCCUGAAGCUUCACACUUUCUAUUUCGUAAUAGAGUAUCAAGUGGUCAAUAAUUUGUUUUAAGAACUUCAUUUCAGUAAACUGAAGUAGACUACAAGGUACUUAAGAUUGUAGUAAGUUAGUCAUUUGUGCUUAGAAUUACCACAAAUGACUAAGUCAAUUAUUGUCUUUAUGAAUUGUCACUUGUUAUUUUUUUAGCAUUGUACCUGGGGCAAAAACACUAAAGCAGCCAAAUAUCUCCACAUCAUUCAAAUGGAAUGCCCCUGAAGUACUUUCGUUAGCAUCUCAGGGAGCCCUGUACAUCAUGACACACCUUCCAGUCCCAAGUUCAAAGAAGGAAUCAACAUUGAUUAGACAUAUUGUUGCAAGUGACGAUGAAAAUAGUGACACUGAUCAUUUCGAGGUAAUUAGGUUAUGUAUUUGCUUUGUUAAAAUAAUUAUUGUUUUUGACCUCCCUGAAUCAAUUUUCCAAAUCCAGAGGUUGACUUGGUUCUGUAAAUGUGUUUCCCUACAUGUCCUGUAAGUACCCCCAGCUUCUGUCUAAUUUGAUUGAUCAUGCCUCUUGGUACAUUUAACAAUGAAGCAAUGUCUCCCUGACUCUUUCCACUAAAAUUCACUGGACUCUUUCUCUUACCUGUGUUGGGAUCAUUACACUAAACUGAAGUGUAAGUCAUAUCCAGCCUUAACUUGUUUAUAUGUUGUUGAAGGUACUUGGUGGCUAAAAAAAGUAUCUCCUAUAAAUGCCAUUGAAUGCUUGCUUUGUUUUUGUCUUCAGUUGCCUUUGGUUAACACAAAGGGCUGUUCUAUAUUUAUCUCCUUGCAAUGUGUCAUAUCCAUUUAUCAUUUUAAAGGGAUAUUUGUAUAAUGGUAUUUAUUACUACAAUUUGUUAUCCUAUCUGGCUUUAACAGAACCAUGGAGACCAUAAUACAUCAGGCUGCCAGUUUAACUUUCAGUAUCAUUUAUUUCGAUUUAUAUUCUCAAGCUGGAUGUUCCCACAUUUGAUGGGAGCUUAAGUAAAUCAAGUAAAUCAAGCACUAAAUCACCACCAUUGACUGGACCUUUGGCAGAGUCAUUGGCUGGACCCUCUGCUGUGUCUGUAACUGGGUCUUCUGCUGUGUCAGUAGCUGGACCUUCUCCCGUGUCAGUAACUGGACCUUCUGCUGUGUCAGUGCCAUCUGUCACUUCUGCUGCUUCACUGAUGGAGAAUUAUAGGUAUUUGCACAAACUUAGUCAUUGUAAGGAUGGUAGCUUCAUGUGUAUGGGCUUUCUGCUAGGGUCUAAAAAAAUGUUGUGUAAUAAGGAAGUGUCCUCAUUACAUUAAUAUGGUAGAAGGGUAUCCAUGAUUGUGUUUUACAUCAUUUUAUGAAUUUUGAUGAAGGUAUUACAAACCUUUCAUGAAUUGAAACAACUUACAGUAAUUGCUUCAACCAUUUGCCACCAAAAUAUCACAACCUACUAUUGACAGUUUCCAAAUUUAUUAAAUCAGCAUUCGCCAAUAUGGUUUCAAUUAUAUUUUAUUUAUUUUCUUUUUCAUAAAAGAGACUAAUUUUGCAAUUGACCGACACAAUAACUCAAUAAACCACCUCAGAUCAUAUGAAGGAACCAGCAUUGUACAUUGUUACUUGUGCUAUCUGACAACACACAAGUUCUGAAUUGACUACCAUAAAUAAAUACAUAUUAUUUUCAUUCGUAUUAACCUUUGUUUUUCCAACGUUUUUGUUACCUUUGAAGGUCAGCAGAUGAAGUGUAUGCAGCACUGAUAUUUGAUGAAUUGAGUUCUGAUGAGGAAGUGAUCAUUGAAAACGAGAAGCCUCCGCCACCCAGUGUUGAAGUGGAAACUGUCCAGGCAAACAUCACACUGAGGGAGAUUCUUCAUAAUCUUUCAUCAGUUAUAAAAGAUACUGAAACAUCAAAAUUUAACAUAAGUAGAAAUCAUAUAUGGGAGGGUGCAAAAAGGGCACUUAAUAGGAAAUCAUUUGACCCUCAAAACAGAAUUUCAGUAAAGUUUACUGAUGACAUGGGGAUUUCUGAAGGGGCUAUAGAUCUUGGGGGUCCAGCAAGGGAAUUUUUUACACUUGUAACAGAUAGGUUGCUCAAUUCCCAUAUGUUUGUUGGGGGUGCUUUUGCUAAAUUCUUAUCACUAAAUGCAAGGUGUUUAGAGGAUGGGGAGUAUUAUUUAGCUGGGCAGAUAUUUGCUUUGUCAUUUGUUCAUGGUGGUCCUACAUUGAAAUGCCUCUCAGAUGUUUGCUAUAAUGGUAUCGUGAAAGGGGUUCAAAAUGUGAAUGCUUCAGUGAAUGAUGUUUGCGACUAUGAUCUAAGAAUAUCUCUUGAAAAAUUACUGAAUGCCUCAAAUGUACAAGAGGCAGAAGAUAUUAUCAAUGAUGCCAAACUCGAUUUACUGUUUGAUAUGGCUGGCACAUUUCAGGUAAUUAAAACUACUAGUGAUAUUGAAAACCUUGUUCAGAAAACUGUCAACUGGUAUGUUUUGGGAAGAGCACAAGCGGCGUAUGAAAGUUUCAAGGAGGGUCUUCGUACAUUGGGGGUAAUGGACUCAAUUUUGCAAUACCCACAAGUGAUGAGGGAAGCUUUCUGUUUCAAGCCUGACACUUUGACUGUCACUGAUUUUGAUGACAUGUUCUCAGUUGCACGUGCAUGUGAAGGAUCUAAUAGAAGGGAAGUUGAGAACCUUGUUCUCUCUCACUGGCAGGACUUGAUGCGAGACUGUGAGGAAGAGUCAGCUGAAAUAACCCUGUCGGAUAUCCUGUUUUUUGUAUCAGGAUGCAAAAAUUUACCCCCCCAGGGACUUUCAUGUCAAAUAUCAUUUCUGCAUGAACCUGAUGAGAAGUCAGGAAUACUGUCUAGAUUUCCCAAGGCAAGUACAUGUUCUUGUACCCUUUAUCUUCCUGUAAUUCAUAAAACUUAUGAAGACUUUAAGGAAGCUAUGAGUUAUGCUGUUCAAAAUACCCGCGGUUUUGGAAUGGCAUAA